AUGAUGAAGACCGGCCAUGUCGAGAAGACGAAUGACCGCGAUUACGAGGUGGAGGAGAGACGGUUCCGCACAAUGGAGGCCGCCUCCUUGCGACUGCAGAAAGAAGCCAAGGGUUAUCUAGACUCCCUACGAGCAAUGACGGCAUCACAAAUGCGUAUCGCUGAGACAAUCGACGCCUUUUACGGAGACGCCGGUGCCAAGGAUGGCGUAAGCCGCAGCUACAAACAAGCCGUCGAGGACCUGGAUGCCGAAACAAUCAAGGCCUUGGAUGGCCCAUACCGAACGACGGUCCUGGAACCAAUUUCAAGAUUCUGCGCAUACUUUCCGGAUGUUAAUGAAUGUAUCAAGAAGCGUGGUCAUAAGCUACUCGACUACGACGCUCUUCGUGCCAAAGUGAAGCGUCUCGUCGACAAGCCCGACAAGGAUGUGACUAAGCUGCCGCGAGCCGAGAAGGAGCAAGAAAUGGCCAAGGCUGCCUAUGAACAACUCAACGAGCAACUGUGCACAGAGCUGCCGCAGCUGAUAGACCUGCGGGUUCCUUAUCUCGACCCGUCGUUUGAGGCUUUAGUCAAGAUCCAGUUACGAUUCUGUGCCGAGGCGUACAGCAGAAUGGCCCAGGUACAACAAUAUCUCGAUGCCGACACGAGAGAUCAAUACGCGCAGGGUCAACUAGACUCGAGGGUUGAGCAGGUGUUGCAAGAGAUCAGAGAGCUAAGCAUAAGCGGUACGGUAUAG